AAGAAAAUCUGGCAACCCUGCACUGGGAAUGCCAGCUGGAGCAUUCCACCUUCCACGUGAUUCUCAGUGUUAUAAUACCCCCUUUAAGCUGAAACCCGGUGUCAUUCAAUGCUCCGAAUUAUGUUUAAGUACAGUGUGAUAUUUAGUUAUGUAAAUGUAGCUAGUGAUUUUGUCAUGCUCUGUUCUUUAGUUGCUUUGAUUUUUACAGUAUUAUUCAAUGAUAGUGAAACCGUGUGUAGCCACAAUAUACCAAAGAUAUUCUAGGAAAUAGACAAAAAAGUGUGCAAGAAAAUUCAUUAAAUUUUCUACUAUUAAAUAAGUGAUUUUGAAUCCAUCUACGAAGAACAAAAAAGAAUGGAUAAAAAUGAAAAGAAGGAUGCGAAAAAUCCACGAGUUGGUGCUAACCCACUUUCAGUCGCCUGCUUUGCGUGGCUUUGGAAAAUCUUCCAAAUUGGCUACAAGAGGGAAUUAGAAGAGACAGAUUUAUUUUCUCCUUUGGAUUCCCACAACAGUCGUGUUAUUGGUGAAAGUCUUGAAAAAAUAUGGCGGCAGGAAGAAAAUGAUUCCAAGACUAAAUCCAAAUCAUCAAAAUCGAAGCCCCGGCUAUGGAAAGCUCUAGCAAAAUGUUUUGGAAAGGAAAUGAUAGUCGUAGGAUUAGUACAAGCAAUUAUGGAAUUUCUCGUAACGCUGCCACAGCCGAUCGUCCUAGGGAAACUGCUAAGAUAUUUUAAUGGAAAGAAUACCAUGACCGAAAACGAAGCUUAUAUAUGGGCCGGUCUUUUCACUUUUCUUUAUAUUUUUAAGUGUCCAUUUUAUCACCUUUCGAUACAUUCCAUGAUUCAUUUGGGAAUGAAAGUUAGAGUUUCUUGUUGUUCUUUAAUUUAUAGAAAAGUCCUAAGGAUUUCAAAGUCCUCUGAGGCGGACGCUACAGCUGGACAGAUUGUGAAUCUCCUGAGCAAUGAUGUAAAUACGUUAGAUUACGCCUUGCCAUUUUUUCAUUACAUUUGGAUUGCUCCUAUACAGCUCUUAGUAAUUGCAUAUAUAAUAUAUGAUGAAGUGGAUUUGCCAGCUUUAACCGGGAUAGGGUUAUAUCUUCUUAUAAUUCCAUUACAAGGUUACAUUGGCAAAUUUGUGGCUAAGUUGACACUACAAGCUGCCUACAAAACUGAUAAAAGGCUUCGAAUAAUGAACGAAAUUAUUGGAGGGGUCCAAGUUAUCAAGAUGUAUGCUUGGGAAAAGCCCUUUUCUCGUCUAGUUGAUAAAUCUAGGGAGAAGGAGAUAAGUGCAAUUAGGAAAAACGCUUUUCUUGAUGCUGUGGCCAUGGCCUUCGAAUCCUACGCUCCAAGAGUUUGUAUUUUUGUCACGGUUGUAACUUAUGCUUUGCUUGGAAAUGCCAUUACAGCCGAGAAAGUUUUUAUGAUUUCGGCUUUUUAUAAUGAUAUGAGAUAUUCGCUGAGCAUUGCUUUUCCUCUAGGUAUUCAGCGUAUCGCCAAAGCCAUGGCAUCCAUAAAGCGAAUUGAAGACUUUAUGGAAUUGGAAGAAAUUCAUCAUCUAAAGUCUGAGGAAUCUAAGAAACAUACCAAUGGUUUUUAUUCCAAAAACACUUCAUUAUCAACAUCAGACAUAGGCGUCUCCGUAAAUGGUGAGACCGCCAAAUGGUCCAGAGAUACUCAUGAGAAACCACGGAACAUCAGCUUUAAUGCUCAAAAUGAAAAUGUAUCUGCUAUUGUAGACCAAAAUACCAAACCAGAAAUUGCAGUCACAAUAAAAAAUGCGACAGCCAAAUGGUCCAAAGAUUCAUCUGAUGAUACCCUGAAAAACAUAAAUUUUUCUGCAAAGCGCGGAGAAUUAACUGCAAUUAUAGGUCAAGUCGGUGCUGGCAAAACUAGCCUAUUCAAUGUAAUUCUCCAGGAACUGCCACUAAUCUCAGGAAAACUGGAGGUCCACGGGAAAGUAGUCUAUGUCAGUCAAGAACCUUGGAUUUUUGCGUCUAGCAUAAGGCAAAACAUUCUCUUUGGCCAGCCAAUGAACAAAGGGCGAUAUGACAAAGUCCUGAGAGUGUGUCAAUUGGAGAAAGAUUUUAUUAUGUUCCCGCACAAGGAUCAGACAAUUAUAGGGGAAAAGGGUAUAAAUUUGAGUGGAGGUCAACGAGCGAGGAUUAAUCUUGCCCGAGCUGUUUAUGCAGAAGCUGAUGUUUAUCUUCUCGAUGAUCCACUAUCAGCAGUUGACGCGCACGUGGGUAGAUCUCUUUUCGAAGAGUGUGUCUGUGAUUACUUGAAGGAAAAAACAAUCAUCUUGGUCACCCAUCAGCUUCAGUACUUGAACUCCGUUGACCGUGUCUAUGUUCUAAGCAAUGGAAGAGUGGAAGUUGAAGGAAGCUUCCAGGCACUUAGAAACUCGGGUUUAGACUUUUUGUCUGUGCUUCAAGCUACAGAGGAAACUGAGGAGAAAGAAGAGGAUGAAAAAGAUGUGAAGUCUCUGAUGAGUGAGGCUGAAUUGGGAGACGUAACUUCUGACCAUGAAAGAGAAGAAGUUGCAGAGCAUAGAACAACUGGAAAAAUUUCGAGUCAAGUUUACUGGUCCUACUUUAAGGCUGUCGGUAGCCUUUCCUUUGUAUUACUUAUGCUUGGCCUCAGCAUUGUACAACAGAUUAUUGCGUCCAGUGGAGAUUAUUUUGUGUCAUAUUGGGUCAAUGUGGAGGAAGCUAGAAAUAUUAGUGAUAAUAUUAGUACUUAUUUGAAUUAUACGGAAGAAGAAAUGAAGGAUAGACUGUGGUACGUGUACGUGUACAGUGGAUUGAUUGUAGCAACGGUUAUCUCUGUUUAUGUAAGGACAUUUGUCUACUUUGAAAUGUGCCUGAUGUCCUCUAAAAAUUUGCAUUCUUCGAUGUUUUACAACAUCAUCAGAGCAACAAUGUCCUUUUUUCACACUAAUCCAUCUGGAAGGAUCAUGAACAGGUUUUCCAAGGACAUUGGAUUGGUUGAUAGGUACUUACCGCUGAGCAUGAACGAUGUUUUGGAAAUUUUUCUUUUCCUCGUAGCAGUUAUGAUCAUGACGACAAUUGUCAAUUUCUGGUUGGUCAUACCUACUGUUAUCACAGGAUUCUUAUUUUACUUUUUGAAGUCGAUUUACAUUAAGACAAGUAGAAGCGUAAAACGUCUAGAGGGAAUCACUCGUUCGCCAGUCUUCAGUCACCUGAGUGCAACACUCCAAGGUCUAAUAACAGUACGAGCUUUUAAAGCCCAGGAGCUCUUAACAAAAGAAUUCGAUAAUCAUCAAGAUCACCACUCAGCAUCAUGGUACCUCUACUUUUCCUGCUCAAGGGCUUUUGGUUAUUACUUAGAACUCAUCUGUUCAAUUUACGUAGGCAUUGUCAUUUACUCAUUCCUUCUAUUAGCCGGCGAGAAAGCAGUUGGCGAUGUAGGCCUCAUCAUAACUCAGUGCAUCCUGCUAUCAGGAAUGCUCCAGUGGGGAAUUAUCCAAACUGCAGAACUCGAAAACCAAAUGACCUCAGUUGAGAGAGUCUUAGAAUACACGAAAGUGCCACAAGAACCUCCCUUAGAAAGUGAACCGGAUAAGAAGCCACCACUAGAAUGGCCAACAUCAGGUCGUGUUGAAUUUAAAAAUGUAGGCUUAAGAUACAGUGUUGGGGGUGAAUUGGUACUGAAAAAUUUGAGCUUCGUUGUAGAGCCUAACGAAAAAGUAGGUAUCGUGGGAAGAACCGGAGCUGGAAAGUCUUCUUUGAUAGCUGCACUUUUCAGGCUGGCAAAUAUAGAAGGAGAAAUCUAUAUAGAUGGUGUGCAAACUGGUAACUUGGGGUUGCAUGAUUUGAGGUCAAAGAUUAGUAUUAUUCCUCAGGAACCUCUUCUUUUUGCCGGAACACUUCGGGAAAAUCUGGAUCCUUUUGAGGAGUUUACGGAUGAAAUGCUGUGGCAAUGCCUGUCAGAAGUUGAGCUGAAAGAUGAUGUCGCUGAUGCUGGUCUCUAUGGAAAAGUUACUGAUGGCGGAGCAAACUUUAGUGUUGGUCAAAGACAAUUGUUGUGCCUAGCAAGAGCUAUAGUCAGAAAUAAUAAAAUUUUGGUUCUGGAUGAGGCAACUGCCAAUGUGGAUCCCCAAACCGAUGGCCUUAUUCAGAAAACAAUUCGGAAAAGAUUUAAGGACUGCACUGUUUUUAUUAUUGCUCACAGACUUAAUACUGUUAUGGACUGUGAUAAAUUCAUUGUGAUGGAUGCAGGGCAUAUGGUCGAAUUUGAUCAUCCUUUUUUGUUACUAGACAAGAGAAAAGGUUACUUGUACGAGAUGGUACAACAAACUGGUUCUGAAAUGGCUGAUGUACUCAUUAAAAUGGCCGAAAGUUCUUAUCAAAACAAAAUGCCGAAUCAGAAUAUGUAAAUAGUUUACCUAAGUAGGUAGAAGUUUCAUAGCAGUAUAAAACCUUGCUGAUCUAUGUGAUUUAUAUUUUUAUACACAAUUAUAUACUAAAUUAACUCAGGAAAUUAAUUACUCCUGAAAAGUGUUAGAGAAAACUGUGAAUUUUUACUCUGAAAAUAAUCGUCAAUUUUUUUAUAUGGUAUGUC